UUUUAUUGAACACAAUGUAUUAAUUCCAUCCGGAAAUAGAUGUUGUCCUGGUCAUGUGGAAAAUGAACGCUUCACAACUGAUGCAAUUCAGCAAUUACCGACGACAGACAAUGCAUUUGUUAACAGAACUACCAUCCUAAGUUUACUUCAAGAGAUGCGUGUUUUAUGUCAUAAACAUGACAAGUCUUAUUUGGACUUUGAUGACACCACGACUCUGACCGAUACAGACUAUUUGUCUUUGCUGGGACUCAACAAGGAAGAUUUCCAUACAAUAUGUGACGCUGUGAAAGAUGAAGUGAAACCAACACCGUCUAGGAGUGUAAGAAAAUCUGUUGCCAUAUUCCUGUGCAAAUUAAAGACUGGCUUGUCAAAUCAAAUACUGUCAACACUUUUCCAAACUUCCAAAUCCAGUUUGAGGAGGGCUGUUAGUGCUGUAAGAGCAGCAUUGAUGAUCAGCUUUGUGCCACACCAUCUUGGGUUUGAACACAUAAGAAGAGAGGAAGUCAUCGAAGACCAUACACGACAGCUAGCACAGACAUUGUUUGGUAACAUCGAGAAGAAACAGGCCAUAUUGGUACUGGAUGGCACUUACAUAUACACAGCUAAGAGCAAUAAUUUCCACUACCAAAGACGUUCUUACAGCAUCCACAAGGGGAGACCACUAAUCAAGCCUAUGGUUAUCGUAACUACUACUGGUUACUUUGUCUCAAUCUUAGGACCAUACCUUGCUGAUAAUAAAAACAAUGAUGCAUCAAUUCUCCAACACAUCAUCAAAACAAAUGCUGAAGAUAUUCGGAGCUGGCUAAGUGAAGACGACAUCUUUAUUGUUGACCGCGGGUUCAGAGAUGCUUUGCCUCUGCUUGAAGAUCUUGGAAUCCAGGCAGAAAUGCCCCGAUUUCUGCUCAAGGGACAAAACCAAAUGACUACUGAUGAUGCAAAUAUGAGCAGACUUGUGACAAAGGUCAGAUGGGUAGUGGAAUCUUCAAACGCACGCAUCAAGAGGUGGCGAUAUUUGGACAAGACACUACCCACUAAUCAAAUUCCCUUCAUCGGUGACUAUGUCAGGAUAGUUUGCGCACUCUCAAACAGAUUCUCUCCACCCCUGAGUAAAAGUAACAACACUGAGGCUGAUGAUGCAGAGGCAGCAAAAAUGCUCUAUCUGUCCAAACAGGUGAAUAAUCUCAAACGAAUGGUUCAAGAGAAUGGACUUAACAGAAGAUCUACUCAAUGGCAAACAGUUCUUGAAUGUGAAAUUCAGAAUUUCCCCAUGUUCGAUGAGGAUCAGUUGCGGAAUUUGACUUGUGGCACCUAUCAAUUGAAGCUCUCUCGUAGCUAUAUUCAAGAACACAUUGAGGGAGGAUGUGAUAUUUUCUUCCAUAAAGAAAAUGAUAGGCUCCUAAAGGUGAAAAUUCAGAGUCGGCACACAUCAUCAAAGCAGUAUUUAGUUUGGAUUGAGUAUUCUGAUUACUCUGUAGAGGCAUGGUAUUGUACCUGCAGAGCGGGUGCCAGAGUUGUAGGCAUGUGCUCUCACAUAGCAGCCAUCAUUUGGUACCUGGCAAAAGGAAGACAUGAACAAAGGACAUAUGGUGUGCGUGACUGGAGUGAGCAUGUCCUUGAUGCAGCUGACAUCCCACCUGCUUUGGACGAGUCUGACAGUGAUGACAGUAGCUGUGAAAGUGUUCCCGAGGAGUGAACAGUUAGUUAAUGUUAAUUGUAUUUUAUUCAUUGUUAUUUUAUAUACACUGUAUCUGUUGUAUAUAAUGUUUUUAAAAAAAUUAUGUUAUUUUUUCAAUUUACUUGUUUAA